AUGGUCCAAUUGGCUCCUCGCCGUCGCCAUCUACCUUGUCCACACGCCUUCACUCCCAUCAAGGAAAUGGAUGAUGCAUAUCAACUGGGUAGCGGUACCUUUGGCCGAGUCCUGACCACCACCUAUGUACCCUACGCAUUCAAAGCCGUAAGACGAACCCGCAACAUCCCGAUUCUCAAAGCCGAGUUCAGAUGGACCCAAGCAGUUCACAAUGCGCUCAAAGACCAUGACUGCAUUGGUGCACCCAGCGCUGUGGCGUUUAUUGAUGGAGCAGACCCAGCCACCCUUGUCAACAUUCCAGAGUUGUUCACCGAAGACUUACUGGAAGGUUGUGAUCAGGAAGUCACAUCAGUCCUAAUCUCUGACCGUGUGUAUCCUAUCCCGAGAAAUUUGCGCAAGAAGAUCGUCGACAUGUUUUGUCCAGAGGCUGUCAAAUCGGACAUCCGCUCAAAGUCAUUCAUUGCAAGAAUAUAUUUAGGCCGGCAAGAUAUUCACGGAAGGACUGCACCCCAGAGAUUCUUUAGUACUUACAAUUUCGCCUUAACUGAAACAAAAGCACGGAAGCUUCACUUACCAGUAGAAGAGUACGCCAACACAAUGGGAUUUCUACUUGCUCGACUUCAUUUUAUUGUUGGCACGGAUGGACGCGACUUGGAGAUAGUCUUAGGCAUGGCCAACAAUUCACUAAAACCUAAAAUCCACGUCAUAGACUGCAACCAAUUUCGAACUUUUUCAGGCGCUGCUGAUGAAGUUCCCAAUCUUGUGGACGCAGUUAUCACCAACGACCCCUACUUUCCACGGCAAGGAAUCUUGUUCGGUGGCAUGAUAGAUUCUUACAUAGCUGAAGUUGAAGCUAUUGCUGCACCUAACAAAACUGCCGACAUCCUCACAGUUGCGCAUGACUUUGUUACACAACUGCGUUUUGCGUUGGAUGUCUCCAGUGCGCUUUGA